CAGUAAAUGCAACAAAAUUCCCUCUGUAAGAUAAGCAACUGUUAUUCAACAUUAGUAAGAAAUGACUUGCAUGAAGAGAAUAUUUUCCAAAACCCGUCGCAUUACAGUCGGACGCCUUGUUGGAGUCACGCUCACCUCUGGCAGAUGUUUCCAUGCGGAACUAGUCAGAACCGAAUCCAGCGGACUGCCCAUUGUUCAUCACAGCAAGUAUGUGUGCGACCUUCCAGCAAACCACAGGUUUCCAAUGGCCAAGUUCCCUAGAGUUUUACACUGUUUACUUCAAGACCAAGUCAUCACAGAGAGACAGGUUUGGGUUCCUGAGAUUGCCUCGAAAGAUUUGCUCGGCGCUGUGCAUACAGAGGAUUACCUGAACAACUUUAUAAGUGGAAGAAUAAACGAGCAAGAGCAGCGGAGGACGGGUUUUCCUUGGAGCGAGGGCAUCGUACGACGGUGCCGAUAUGAAACGGGUGGGACUGUCCUCGCUGCUGAAGUCGCUCUACAGAGGGGUCUGGCCUGCAGCACGGCGGGGGGAACCCAUCAUGCUUUCCCCAGCUAUGGCUCGGGGUUCUGUCUCCUCAAUGAUUUAGCAGUUGCAGCCAAAUACCUCAUGAACAGCUCAUCAAGGAAGAGAAAGGUUUUAAUCGUGGAUUUAGAUGUGCAUCAGGGUGACGGCACCGCUUUCAUAUUUAAAGAUGAGCCAUCUGUGUUUACAUUUUCAGUGCAUUGUGGAAAAAAUUUCCCCGUCCGCAAACAACAGAGUGACCUGGAUAUUAGCGUGGAGGAUGGGCUGGAAGACAAGGAGUAUCUCUCCACAGUUGCAGAGCACCUACCCUGGCUGCUGGAGACUUUUCGUCCGGACCUGCUUCUGUACGACGCUGGUGUUGACCCACAUUGGGAAGAUGAACUCGGGAGACUCCGUCUGACCGAUCAAGGGCUCUACCAGAGAGAUCAUUAUGUAAUGAAGACCGUGGUGAAGAGAGGUAUUCCUAUUGCUACUGUUAUUGGUGGGGGAUAUUCCAGAGACAUCAACAAAUUGGCCCUCAGACACUCCAUCGUCCACAGAGCAGCUACUCAGGUUUGGAGGGAGUGUGGAAUGUAAAACUAUAGGUGCCAUGACCUUUAAGAACCAAUAAAUAGAAAGCAACAACAACAAAAAAAAGACAAUUUGUACCUUUGUUGUUUCGUUGUUCACUAGUAUGGAAUUUAGACAAAGGAGUUUACAUGUGAUUAAAUGUUCACCUUUUGUUAAUCAAACAGACAUAAAAAAUGCUCAAUGUGCAAAUGUAAAAAAGUACUGGAAAGACGAAGCCUAAUGGAAGCGUAUGUGGAAAUGAUCUACAAAUCAAAAAAGGUUUUGUGGAAUCGCAAUAGCCCUGAAUUAAGAAAGACUUUUGAUAGUCUAAACACGGUAAGUUUUCUAAAGUUCUUGAACGUCUUCUCACACUCAUGUCAUCUUGCACCCAUCCCAAGAAUACCCCCAUUACACUUUCCUGUAAACCUUUUAAACGACCAACUUCUACUAGAUCAAUGGGAAAAGAUAAUCGUGGAGAACAAAAGAUAGCGAUAAUAUAGCAGUAAAGGCAAAGACGUGUUGAUGCAUAUCAAUGUGAGUAUAAUCGUAUGCAUGAUUAUAAACAUAAUGGUAUGCAUGGUUAUAUUGAGAAUAUAGACGUGUUCACAGCAUCUCACAUUACAGACGGAUCAUGACCCUAAACAUUGCUGAAACACCACAAUCAUGGACAAAAUUAUUUAAUGAAGAAAAAACAAUUUAAAACCAUGAGACAUUGAGGUUUCCACACUGCAUAACCACAAUUGGUCCACACACACUUUAUUAAAAAAGAAACUCAUUCUUCUUCGCACAAUGAGUACAGAUAAAAGCACAGUUACAUUUUAAAGUGUCACUUUUUUAUGCCAUGUUCUGACAUGCAGCAGUGACACGUUAAUGGUACAGUGCAAUGUUUCAUUCACAGUAAAUGAGGCAGUUUAUUUGCUGAAACACACUGCUGGUUUUUUCAGCUUGUUACAAGACAUUAUGCAGCUGUUCCUGAUAUUAACAUCAAAACACUCAAGACGGGUAAUACUGGUAUUUUAGAAGAUGUUUUAAGCUGUUCAGAGCACUACUUGUAAAAGAAAUGACUUACAAUGCAUUGCAAAAGUAUUCACACCCCACGAAAUAUUUCUAGAUAGACCAACACAUUUUUAAUAAAUUAAAAUAUAAAAGUGGAUUUCUAUUUGUAUUUAGACCCAUCAAAUCAAUUACUCCUACAUAAAAGUCAACCCAAUUACCUUUAAAAGUUGCAUGUUUAAGUUGCAUGACAUCUUCCACCUUUAAAUAUAGAGUUUUGUAAAGUCAUCACAGAUUGGUUAGAGAUUUUUAGUAACAGAAAAACUAAAUAAUGAAGACUGAAAAACACCAGAGUUGAAAGGUUUUAGUUAUGACGAGGCUGAAGCCAGGGUUAGAUAAUGAAACGAUAUCCCAAACUUUAAACAUCACAUGGCACACUGAAUACACUAUAGCCUUGGAAGAAACAUGGUGGUGGCACAAUAAUGCUGUGGGGAUGCCACAUUUUCAGAAUUUAUCAUUUACUCAGAAAAAUCUUAAACUUGCUUCAGAAUUAUGCACCAUCAAAUAAAAAUCCUAAACAAUUAAAAUAAAGUUUGUGGCAGCAACAUGACUAAAAUAGUUUAAAGGAAUAUUAAUACUUUUGUAAGGCACUGUAUAAGCCAUCUAUUAAACAUCUAACAGAGAACACAAACAGAUGCUGUCCGUUUGGCUCUACAUACUCAGAGGUAACAACCACAUUUUCAUAAAACAGGCAGACAAUAAGAUUCCUACACAGAUAAAAUGAUUAACAAACCAAAACCAAUGGAGGUUUACUCUGUCAGUCAGUCUUUCUUAAGUCGCUUUGGCUUUUAAGCCCAAAUAGGAAAACAGUGCAAUCAUCAACAUCCCCUUAGAAGACCAGUCAUUUUGAAAAAAGUUCAAAUAAAUAGAAGAAAGCUCAAGAUAGGUGAUAAGGUUUCCUCCUCUUGCUUUCACACAGAAUAAAUACUUAAAAUUUUAUUAUUAUUAUACAGUAUGCCUUCAUAGCACACUGCUUUGCUCUGAGCUGAACCAUUUUACUGACUCCAUCUUAAGUCAGUGCUAACAAUUAUGUAAAAGCAGAGAAAAUUAUCUGGGUGUUUGUAGCUACAACUGCACAUUUACAGACAUUUUCCUGCGUUGAAUGUAAAGCGUUACCAUGUGGUGAAGUGCUAAAAUUUGACCCACACAA